AUGUCAAGUAAAAAGGGUUGUGAUGCAUCAUUGUUGUUGGAUGGAAAUAGUAGCACAAGUGAGAAGUUUACUCCAGGAAAUUUGAACUCAGCAAGAGGAUAUGAAGUGAUAGACAAUAUAAAAACUGCUGUUGAGAAUACAUGUAGUGGAGUUGUUUCUUGUGCUGAUAUAUUAGCUAUAGCUGCAAGAGAUUCAGUGUUAUUGAGUGGAGGGCCAUUUUGGAAGGUGUUAUUAGGGAGAAGAGAUGGAUUAGUUGCUAAUUUUUCUGGAUCAAGUAAUGGACUUCCAGCACCAUUUGAUCAUCUUAAUACAAUUAUUUCUAAAUUCCAGGAUGUUGGAUUAAACUUAACAGAUGUUGUGAGCCUAUCAGGUGCACAUACAAUUGGAUUAGCAAGGUGUACAACAUUUGACAAUAGAUUAAGAAACUUCAAUGGGACAAGUUCACCAGACACAACAUUAGACACAACCUUAGUAAGUGAACUUCAAAAUUUGUGUCCAUCCACAAGUGAUGGAAACAACACAACCCCACUUGAUAGAAAUUCCACAAAUUUAUUUGACAAUCAUUAUUUCAAGAAUUUAAUCAAUGGAAGAGGACUUCUUGAAUCAGAUCAAAUCUUGUUCUCUAGUGAUGAUGCUAUAACAACAACAACAAAAACCCUAGUUGAGACAUAUAGUAAUAGCUCUAAGUUUUUCUUUAAUGACUUUGUUAAUUCCAUGAUUAAGAUGGGAAAUAUUAGUCCUUUGACCGGAUCGAAUGGUCAAAUUAGGACGAACUGUAGGGUUGUUAAUUAAUUUGAAUAAUUAGUAUGUAAUACUGUGAUACAUUGUUCGAGCACUUCGAAAUGAUGUUGUAUUCGUGUCAGAUCCUCCAACAUACAUUUAAAAGUAUUUUUGAAGAGUUUGAGCAAAUAGUUGGCAUGUACUAGUAUAAUUAAGUAUGAUAUAUGUUG